AUGUCGUCGUCCUUGGCUUCACUCUGCGAGUACUGCUCAGUCAUCCCACUCUCUCACGAUCCAGAGUCAACCGAGCUGAAAGAGGUGUCAUGGAAUCUGGGCUCUUGGGGGAGAAUCAAGCAUAGUGACUGUCCUUUCUGCAAGCUCGUCGUGCGUGCGGUACAGGCUUUCCACCAGACUCAAUCGGCCUGGUUCCAAUUGGAGCCAGUCUCAACGAAUAAUGAUAUGGAGCUCCAAUGGUUCUCAGCAAUCGGGCCCGGAGGCAGGGGUGCUUUUACAAUCGACCCUGCCCUACAGCAGGUCUUUAUUUGCGCUUCUACUGCUUUUGACGUCGAUAGGCUUUCGCAAUGGAUCUCCACAUGUACCCAAACCCACCACGAUACAUGCACCGUAGAAGUAGCCGGCUUUGAACAGGCUUUCCCAGGGCUUGAAGUCUUACGUUUUAUCGACACCGAAAAGGAAUCGAUUGUUAGUCUCCGCAGCAUCCCGAAAUAUGUGGCUCUCAGCUACGUAUGGGGUCAAGCAGCGAGCGCCACUCUCACGACUACCAACAAGGAUGUGCUCCAGAGGACGGGAGGGCUUCAGAAGGCUUGGCAUAUGAUUCCCCUGACCGUCAAGGAUGCAAUUGAUCUGGUAAGAAGGCUGGGAGCGCGGUAUCUCUGGGUGGACGCCCUCUGCCUGGUGCAGAAUGACGCCGCAGAUCUGUCGAGGGGUGUACAGGUCAUGGACGCAAUAUAUGAGAGAUCCUGGCUGACUAUUGUUGCUGCUUCUGGACACGAUGCUAAUGCAGGUCUACCGGGAAUACAGGAUAGAAGCAGGUUUGCCACCUAUCCCACAAGGAUAACGAAUGAGUUAUACAUGGAUAUUUUCGUCCCACUCGAUCGCCUUUUAAAGCGUUCAGUCUACUCUUCUAGAGCAUGGACAUUCCAAGAGCAGUUGCUUGCACGUCGUGCUGUAUACUUCGUUGAAAACCAGAUAUUUUUUCGAUGUAGGGAAAGGAUAUACAGCGAGCAUGUCUUUGAUCAGCCCUCGCCAGGUGGAGACUACCUCUUCAACUGGGCCUCUAUGCUGCAGAUCACAGCUGCUAUGGAAACCCCAUUGACUGAUUUCGAAAUCAUGCUCUUGUACUACACACCAAGAGCACUAACGGACCAGAACGAUGUUUUGCGUGCCCUGACGGGGAUCAUCCGGCGCGUAUCCGAGAGGGCGAGGUGCCAAUUCUUGCAAGGCAUUCCCACGGCCGCGUUCGACGCCUUUCUAACUUUCCAGGCCCACAAUGGCCUUACACGGCGGCGCAGGGGCUUCCCGAGUUACUCUUGGACGGGAUGGAAGGGCGGUAUUUGUAUCGACUACAGCCACAGCAUGUUUCAAGAUGUGAGCAGAUGGCUAGAGGAAGAGACAUGGAUUAUAUGGUAUAAAAGAAGCCCCUCUGGAAUUGUAAGCCUCGUUUGGGAUCCUGCUGCUAGCGAUUCGUUUCCACCGGAUGAUCGGACGUAUGCUGGGUAUCGUCAGCGACGGCGCUUCCGGCCACCCCAGACUUCCACAGGACCUGUAAUUGCAUCGACUAGGACAUAUCCAACGGAGCACCUCCCUUCCGAAUUGAGUCCCUCUCCGUAUCCUCUACUACAGUUCUGGAGCCUAUCUGUCUAUUUCAAGCUCUGCCCAGACGAUAUUUUUAUGGGAAGUGCAUUCAUCAUCAACCGUUCCGGGAUGCGCAUCGGCACGAUCACCCUUGACGGACUUGACGAAGGCACGUUCUUCAACUGGCAAACCGUUUUCGAAUUUGCUCUUCUCUCCGGUGUCGCAAUUAGCGAAGCCCGCGACAAGACACCCAAGUACUGGGUCAUGUUACUGGAAUGGAAAGACCAGGUUGCAGAGAGGAGGGGAAUGGGAAAAAUAGAGAGGGAUUUCCUUUACAGUGGGUGGGCGCCUGGCCCGGUGUGGAAAGAAUUCAUACUUGGAUAA